CUGAGACCCGUCGCGGAGGGGGCAGUAGAGGCGAAGCGUCCCGGGCGUGCGGGGAGUGGCGGGACCCUCUAGCGGUGACGGGCCGUCAGCGAGGUGCAGAGAGCGGGAAAGGAGCGAAGAGCAGCUGAGAGGGGUAUUCUCUAUUAGUGACCCCCAGGAAACAUGUCUUCUCCCGCUUACCUUCACGGGAGUUAAUUUAAAAAGACAUCCACAAAACCUCAGUAUUUAAAGUUCAGUACUUCUGUAUCUGUUUUUCCCUUUAACUGAUGGCACUUGUCUCUGAAAAUCAAGGACCACAUCCACCAGAACACGAUCAGGAGUUUUGUUGUGAGGAAAGCAGUGGAUACCGACAGUGUACUUACGUCUGCUGUUGCUGCACCAGCCGCCCGGCAGCUGUCGGGGAUCUGGCUUCCAUCAGCCUUUACCUCCUGAAACAUCAGAAACUUCCCCUGAGUAACUGCUCGAGAAGCUGCAUACCUAGGUUUGGAGGAAUUUGAAAAGCCUAAAUCUGAAAAUGUUCUCUUUUAUAAAUGACACACUAACUACCCAGAAACAAGAAAAUACACCCAGGUGAUCUUUUAGACAAUCCCCCAAGGCAAAGAGAACACUAGUUGUGGUAACUUUGUCAUGCUUUGUGGCUUAGUUGUCCAACUCUUCAGGUUUUUUCCAUCUGUCACUAUCACUUUGUGCUGUUGGUAAACAUAAACCUGAUGUUUUGAAAAAAUGAGUUUGGGUAAAAAUGUGAAGUUGAAAAACUAGUUGCUGCUAGUUUUAAAGCUUAUUACGUCUCAUCAGACUAAUGCCAUUUUAGGCAAAUUUACUAAGAAUUAAUUUUAAAGCAGCUUUUAAAAAAUGGACCUUCAUAUUCACUACAUUAACUUUUUUUUUGUUGUGUUGUUCUGCUGUUGUUUCCUUUUUUUUUUUUCUUGCAUCUAGAUAAUUGCUCAUGUUUGGGGCUUUACAGUGUCUUUUCUCCAUUCUGCAAGGCUCACAUCUUGCUUUUCAUCCUAUUUUCAGAGGACCUUCCCUUCCCUUCCCUUCCCUUCCCUUCCCUUCCCUUCCCUUCCCUUCCCUUCCCUUCCCUUCCCUUCCCUUCCCUUCCCUUCCCUUCCCUUCCCUUCCCUUCCCUUCCCUUCCCUUCCCUUCCCUUCCCUUCUUCUUUAAAAAAUAUUUAUUUAAGUCUCUGUGCUUAUUUUUAGACAGUGUUCUGUGCUGCAGAGUGCCAUGGAAAUACAGAUUUUCAAUUUGUUUUGUCCACGUAGAGCUUACAUCUGUUGAAAGUAACAAGUAGGAAAAAAACUGACAUCAAUGUGUUUUCUCUGGCCUUAAUAAAAAGGUCUUUGCUUCUGUCUGGGCGGAACCAGGUGCACUUGUACAGGUAAAGUAGUAAGUCUGGAACAAACUGGUUGUACUGAGCAGGUACAGUGACCUUGCAGUUAAUAGUGAACAGCUCAUGGGAUUUCUGGGCUCGGACUUUGCACCGAUCUGAAUGGUCUGUGGGAGUGAGCAGCAGCUUUUCUUGGGUCCCAUUUAUUGACAUCUUUACCCCAUUCUCACGUUUUGAUUUACUUGUCAACACAUGGGUCAUGCAGUUAAUGGGAUGAAGGUUGGUAUAACCAUGAAAGUGGAGAGAUAUGACUAUAAAUGUUUUGGAGGCUCUUCUUCUUUUAUGACCUUUUAAAAUAUUCAGUUAGAAACAACAUCCUUUUUUAACCCCAGCAGUUAGCUUGCAGUCCUGCUGAAGUUUUUCAUGACUUUUGAUUAUCUUAAUUACCUCUUUGCCCGUGUCACUUUAUCAAGAUCCAGAAAUAGUUACUAAAAUAAAGGACAAAAAACAUUCAGGAUGAAGAAGUCAUGAAUGAAAAACACAAACUGGUUUCUGGAGAAAAGUUAAAAAAACACUAGAAUGUAGCCGCAGGGUUCUUAAACUUUUUUUCACUUGUUUCUGGUUCUUCUGGUUGAACUCAAUACAGUACAACUAAAGUUUAGAAGACAAUGGCUUAAAAUUCCUAGGUUAGGAGGCAGUUUCAGGCAUGCAGAGGUGGCUAGCAGAAAUAAGGGAAUGAAGCUCAUUUUAUGCUUGCAUCAUAUUUACAGUCUGUGGAAGAAUCUAAGAUAGGCAUUGAAAAUGGCUUGCUAUUUAAAAAUAUCUGGGUUUAAAAUUACUGUAAUCUUUGUUAGACAGUAACUUUCUUGGUAAUAUGUACAUCAAUUUGAAAAAUGUAAGGAAAAUAUAUCUUUAAAAAUCUAUAAUACUUUUAGUACAUCCAAAUGGCUGGGUCAGGUAGAGGAAGAGGACAUUCUUCAUUUGCCUUCAACAUGUAGGCUAUUGGCUUUGGUAAAGGUGCAGCUCCACCUGAUACCAUCUGUAAGCCUCCACCACCAUUUCCAAGUAUGGACAACAAGCCAACACCUCUGAAAAUAGAAGAUUAAGAUUACUUGUUGGCCUUAAAACAAGAUCUUAGAGAUACUACGAAAAAAAUGCCAUACUUCUUGACAGCACUAGAAAAGAAGGAUGAGGAGAAAGACAAAACCAAAGAAGGUGAAGAUGAUGAAGAAGCAGAAGAACCAGAGGAAUAUGAUGAAGAGCAUGAAGAGGUAUAAUGUUAGUGUUCCUAUUU